AUGAUAUACAACGGAAUAGGGUUGCAGACCCAUUGGGGCUCCGGCACCAGCGGCUACGUUCAGGUGACCGCCUUCAACCUGAAGGCAAAAGCAAACAGAGACCUCACUGGUCCGAGCAAGGAUUUCGAACUCGGGCCAGGGGGCCGCGGGCGUGACCCGGGGGCCCAACAGGGAGAUACUGGAAGACGACCGCAAGCGGCAGAUAUAUCAAAACUUUCGACUACGUUAAGCUCGCCGGAAAAAAUCGAACAGAGGGGGGGUGACGUGAUGAGGAGGUCCUGCUCACGAGUUGACGAGAUAGUGACUGAUGGGGUGAAGACUAAUAAAGAUUUUCAAGGCUACUACUAUGGAUCUGCACUUGGUUCUGGACCUCCAUCCUCACAAAAUCAUCUGGAACAGCCUCGGGUCUCUUAA